GCAAAGCGUUUGGAAGCACACCUUUGCAGAUUAUCAACCUGUUUUACACUGCACCGGCGCUUUUUGUGACAGCACGAUAUACUAUAGUAGAACAUAGCAAGUGACCCACAACUUUGCGUUUUCUUAAAAAAACACCACCUUGCUUUCACUACGACUGUUUGCCUAUAAAAGAACGCACUUUGAUAUUAAAUUGCAUUGUAUGAGUUCACAACGUGCAUCCACACUAGUAUUAGUAAAAUAACUGGAUGAAUGUCAGCCAAGAAGAGGAUUGUCAUUCUGCUGGUCGAUUAAUGGACAAACGAGAAUCCGUGACAUUUCACGAUAAUGAUGCUUUGGAGGAAAGCCGUCAGCUCUUAACUCUUCAACUUGGCACGAACCAAUGCAGAUGCUUAACGUUGUAGGAGACAGUCUGUGUUUAUCAUUGCGCUGAUCAGUUUUAUUGCCAAUAGUGGUGCUCUGCUACAGCUUUGGGUGACAUGCAGUCUCUGAUAUCUCCAGUGACCAAGGCUAUUUUGGUAGCUUUGUUCAUUUUCGCCAUCCUUUUGAUUCUUUACGUGAUUUUGUGGUAUAUAUGCCGGGACGUGGACUGCGACCACGGAAUCUGAUUUGGGAAGCUGGGCACGGAUAAAAAACACAAAUUCACCUACUACUAUCUGCUAUCACGGAAAGGGUGACCUGUCUUUCCCAAACAAAAUGGAAGAGUUGCCAUAGUGACGGGAGGUGCCAAAGGGAUUGGUUAUGAAACUGCAAGGCAUCUGGCAAGGCUUGGAAUGCACAUUAUAAUAGCUGGAAAUUCAGAAAACGAGGGCCAAGAGGCAGUGAAACGGAUCAAAGAAGAGAACCUACAUCAAAAAGUGGAGUUCAUUCAUCUUGACCUGACUUCCUUGAAGUCUGUUCAUUGGUUUGUCAAGACGUUCAACGACAGAGGGCUUCCACUUCACAUUCUAGUCAAUAAUGCUGGGGUCAUGUUGGUUCCAGAGAGAACAACGCAGGAUGGCUUUGAAGAGCACAUCGGUUUGAACUACCUGGGGCACUUCCUUCUCACGAAGCUGCUCCUGGACAAGCUAAAGCAGUCUGGGUGCCAGGAGUCCUGCGCCCGCAUCGUCACAGUAUCCUCAGCCACUCAUUACUGUGGAGAACUGGACCUAGAGGACCUGCAGAGCUGUAGCUGUUACUCAUCACACCGUGCAUAUGCCCAAAGCAAGCUUGCCCUUGUGCUGUUUACCUACUACCUGCAGCAGCGCCUGACAGCAGAGGGGAGCCAUGUAAUGACCAAUGCAGUGGACCCAGGAGUGGUGAACACAGACCUCUACCAGAAUAUCUGCUGGCCGGCUCAACUCCUCAAGGGGCUGGUGGCUGGGCUGUUCUUCCGGACCCCAGAGGAGGGAGCCUCAACUUCAAUAUAUGCAGCAGCUGCACCAGAGCUGGAGGGAGUCGGAGGCUGUUAUCUCUACAAUGGUCAAAGGACAAAGUCUGCAGAUGCCUCUUACGAUGAGGAACUUCAAAGCCGACUCUGGACUCUGAGCUGCAGCCUUGUUGGGAUUCAGGAGCAGCACCACAAGGCUUACUGAGUAGUCCAGUUCAAUCAUUCCAAAUGGAAGUUGACAUUAAAAGUGCUUUUACUUGGUGUUCCUCCUGCUGUUGAUUGUCCAUGAGGGGCUGCCCUUUCUGCUUUUGUGCAUAGACAAGACAAUCUUAUAUUACUGUUGUCAGAGCCAAUCAACAAAAAUAAAAUAUAUCAGAACAUA